CGCUUUCGCUCUUGCUGCUUAAACUUCCUGUCAUGCUGUCUCUUGCUCUCGGGUUGCAUCAUUUCUAGCCGGUCGGCUCCCGCGGUUGUCGGGCCUACAGGCGGGUUGGAAGAUCACUGUUCUGUUGAUAGAAACUGUGAUACAACAUCGAUUUCCUCUGGAUGUUCUUUUCUUUUAAAAGGAGAAAAUGAUAGUUCAACAAGUUCCUGAGAACAUAAACUUUCCACAAGAGGAAGAGAAAAUAUUGCAAAUUUGGAACAAACUUAAUUGUUUUCAAGAAUGCCUGAAACAGUCAAAAAAUAGACCUAGGUUUACAUUCUAUGAUGGACCUCCGUUUGCCACAGGACUUCCACAUUAUGGGCACAUACUUGCAGGAACCAUUAAAGACAUAGUAACUAGAUUUGCUCACCAGAGUGGAUUUCAUGUGGAUAGAAGGUUUGGUUGGGAUUGUCAUGGUUUACCAGUGGAAUAUGAAAUUGACAAAGCACUAGGCAUCAAAGGACCAGAAGAUGUUGCAAAAAUGGGAAUCGCAGAAUAUAACAAAAAUUGUAGAGGAAUUGUCAUGAGAUACUCACAGGAAUGGAAGGCCAGUGUUAUUAGGCUCGGACGAUGGAUUGACUUCGACCAUGACUAUAAAACUCUCUAUCCAGAGUUUAUGGAGUCUGUGUGGUGGGUUUUCAAACAGCUGUAUGACAAAGGACUAGUAUACCGAGGAGUUAAAGUCAUGCCUUUUUCAACUGCAUGUAACACACCCCUUUCUAACUUUGAAGCUCAUCAGAACUAUAAGGAUGUGCAAGAUCCUUCAGUCAUUGUUAACUUCCCAUUAGAAGAAGAUGAAAGCAUAUCUCUAGUUGCUUGGACAACAACACCUUGGACUUUGCCUAGCAACCUGUCCCUCUGUGUUAAUCCAGACUUGCAAUAUGUGAAGGUGAAAGAUAAAGAUACAGGAAAAAUUUUCAUUUUGAUGGAAGCUAGGCUGGUAUCCCUCUACAAAUCUGAGAGUGACUAUUCAGUACUCGAUAGGUUUCCUGGUGUUACAUUAAAGGGGAAGAAAUACAAACCUCUUUUCAAUUAUUUUAUCAAGUGCAAAGAAAAUGGUGCUUUUACUGUAGUGACAGACAACUAUGUGAAAGAAGAAGAAGGUACAGGGGUUGUACAUCAAGCUCCAUACUUCGGUGCGGAUGACUACAGAGUCUGCAUGGAUUUCAAUAUUAUUCAGAAAGAUGCAGCACCGGUUUGUCCUGUUGAUGCAUCCGGCUGUUUCACUGCAGAAGUCACAGACUUUGCUGGACAAUAUGUGAAGGAUGCUGAUAAGAACAUCAUCAGGGCCCUGAAAGAGCAAGGAAGAUUGAUCCACACUAGCACUUUCAAGCACAGCUAUCCUUUUUGCUGGAGGUCAGAUACUCCUCUAAUAUACAAAGCAGUGCCGAGCUGGUUCGUUCGUGUGGAGCACAUGGUGGAGCAACUGUUGGGAAACAAUGCUCAGUGCUACUGGGUUCCUGACUUCGUGAAAGAAAAGCGGUUUGGAAACUGGUUGAGAGAUGCACGCGAUUGGGCUAUUUCACGAAACCGAUACUGGGGGACACCCAUCCCAUUGUGGGUCAGUGAUGAUUUUGAAGAGGUGCUCUGUAUUGGAUCAGUGGCAGAACUGGAAGAAUUUUCAGGAGUGAAAGUCACCGAUCUCCAUAGAGAAAGUGUUGAUCAUAUAACCAUCCCUUCACGUUGUGGCAAAGGUACACUACAUCGUGUUUCAGAAGUGUUUGACUGCUGGUUUGAAAGUGGAAGUAUGCCCUAUGCCCAAGUCCAUUAUCCAUUUGAGAACAAAAGAGAAUUUGAAGAUGCUUUUCCUGCUGACUUCAUUGCUGAAGGAAUUGACCAAACCAGAGGAUGGUUUUACACUUUGUUAGUGUUGUCCUCAGCUCUUUUUGGGAAGCCUCCUUUCAAGAAUGUAAUUGUAAAUGGCCUAGUUCUUGCCAGUGAUGGGCAAAAGAUGAGCAAGCGAAAGAAGAAUUAUCCAGACCCAACACACAUUGUAAAUUCUUAUGGGGCAGAUGCACUGAGGCUGUAUCUUAUCAAUUCUCCUGUGGUAAGAGCAGAAAACUUGAGGUUUAAAGAAGAAGGGGUGAGAGACGUUCUGAAGGAUGUCUUCUUGCCAUGGUACAAUGCAUAUCGCUUCCUCAUUCAGAAUGUUGUCAUCUUGCAACUUAAGGAAGAUGGAAAAGAAUUCCUUUACAAUGAGAAUACAACAAAAGAAAAUAACAACAUCAUGGAUAAAUGGAUUCUUUCCUUCACACAAUCAUUGGUUCAGUUCUUCAAAGUUGAAAUGGCAGCCUACAGAUUAUACACAGUAGUUCCUCGACUAGUUAAGUUUGUAGACAUUCUUACCAACUGGUAUGUCAGAAUGAAUCGCAAGCGAUUAAAGGGUGAAAAUGGAACAGAUGACUGCAUUAUGGCCUUAGAAACCUUGUUCAGUGUUGUCUACUCCAUGUGCAGACUUAUGGCACCUUAUACUCCAUUUAUCACCGAACUGAUGUAUCAGAAUUUGAAGACUCUUAUUGAUCCAGCCUGUGUACAGGAGAAGAACACUGAUAGCAUUCACUACCUCAUGCUUCCUCAAGUUAGGGAGGAUCUGAUUGACAAAAGCAUAGAAAGUGCUGUUUCCCGGAUGCAGUCUGUUAUUGAACUUGGACGGGUAAUCAGAGAUAGGAAAACCAUUCCAGUAAAGUAUCCACUGAAAGAGGUGGUGAUUAUUCAUCAGGAUCCUCAGGCACUGGAAGAUAUCCGGUCCUUGGAAAAGUAUAUACUUGAGGAACUUAAUGUCCGUCAGGUUACACUGUCAACAGAUAAAGAUAAAUACGGAAUCCGUCUAAGAGCAGAGCCUGAUCACAUGGUCCUUGGAAAGCGUCUGAAAGGUGCCUUUAAAUCUGUUAUGGCUGCUAUCAAGGAGCUGACAAGUGAGCAGUUGGAAGAAUUCCAGAAGAUAGGCACCAUUGAUGUAGAAGGACACGAACUACAUGAAGAAGAUCUCCGUCUGAUGUACACCUUUGACCAGACAGCUGGAGGAUCUGCUCAGUUUGAAGCACAUUCUGAUUCUCAGGUUUUGGUUCUUCUGGAUGUUACUCCUGAUCAGUCCAUGGUGGAUGAAGGUGUUGCACGAGAAGUAAUAAACCGCAUCCAAAAACUGAGAAAGAAGCGCAAUCUUGUUCCUACCGAUGAGAUUACAGUAUAUUACCAGGCACAUCCAGAAGGUGAUUACCUUGAAACUGUUAUUAUGGAGCACACAGACUUCAUUUGUGCAACAAUAAAGGCUGCCUUGAAGCCAUACCCAGUGCCUACCUCAAAAGAAGUGCUUAUUCAAGAAAAAACCCAGCUGAAGGGAUCAGAAUUGGAAAUUACACUAGUCAAAGGUGCUUUACAUCAUCGCAUUGAGCCAGCAUGUGCUUAUGUGAACCUGAACAUCAGGGUUGAUGAUAAAGAGCAAGAUGGCAUGGUGUUGCUGGAAAAUCCCAAGGGAGAUAACAAAUUAGAUUUCACCAAACUGGUUAAUGCUAUCUCAUGCAUUUUUGGACUUGACAAUUCAAAGCUAGUGAUUUUCAAUGGAAAAACAGAGCUGAAAAACCCGACAGAUUUGCUGAGUCUCAGUGGAAAGAUGCUUCAUGUAACUGCAGGGUCACUGCCAACCUCAAACAGUCUUGAUGGCUUCCUUUGUCAGUAUAUCAAUUUACAACUAGUGAAUGCAAAACCACAAGAGUGUUUGAAUGGAGUGGUGGGAACUCUUCUUUUGGAAAACCCAGUCGGUCAGAAUGGACUAACAUAUCAAGGGCUCCUACAUGAAACAGGGAAAGUGUUUGGACUCAGAAGCAGGCGGCUAAAAUUGUUCCUGGAUGAAGCAUUAACAGAGGAGAUUACAAAGGAAACCUCAAUGAAGACUCUAAAUAUGAAGACUGUGUACGUUCAUGCUGCACAAACAACAGCUGAAUACUGAGUUAAUCCAUUUUCUUGGAUGCUGUGAUUUAGAUUUCUUUUCAUGGAGAGAUCUCAUUUGAAAUUGGGAUGCUUUCCCCAAGAAUUCAAAAAUUCUGUAGGAUGUUUUGAAUGACAGCAGUACUACACGGAAUGUGUUUUUAUCAGUGCAUGUGUAAUAUGCUGCUUUAGGUUUAAAUACAGUGAAUUUUGAUUCUGUUACAUUGUAAAAGCUAUGCAGAAUAAAUAUUCAGUCUCAAAUACACAGAAGGAUCUAUGCAGUUAGUUGCUGGAAAGAAAUUGUGAUGGGUACCUCAGUAUUGCAGUUCACUGCUUGUUCUUUAUGGAGAGACCAUCUUUAGUUUUUCUAAAAUUGUUGGUCCUGCAGCAUUCUAUGUUAUGUUGACUUUAAUCUUCAUUAAAUAAGAGCAACCUUGACAUUGUUCAGCAAUGCUGAUAGACUAUUGGUGAAGUAUGUAUUCCCAGAAACGGUCUCUAACGUCCAUGAUUUUGAACAAUAAAUUGCUUUAUCUAGAA